GAUGGUCCAGGACUAUAUAUACGCACGAUGCUUCGUCGCUAAGGCGGUUCUGGUUUCUCCCCUUCGCUUUCUGAAACUCCGAAGCCCUAACCCUAGAAAGCUCAACUUAAUCUCUCUCUCUCUCGCCGUCUCUCGCGUACUCUCUCGAGCUUCGUCAAUCCCUAUUUCAGCAGAACGAUGGCCUCUAAACCGCUAACAACUGAGGCAAUAGCUCUCACAGAGAAGAAAAUGGACAUGACAUUAGAGGAUAUCAUCAAACUGUCCAAGCGCAAUCCAUCUACAACUCAGAAGCAAAGAGUUUCAAAUAGAAGCCGAAAAUUUCUGAACACUGGUGCCCAAGCAAAGUCAUCAAAGGUUCAGAGGUUUAUGGAUUCGAGAUCUUCUCUGAGACAGGGUGUUCUUGCUCAGAGAAGGUCAAAUUUCCAGGGAAACCAUUUUCCCGUGGCAACUGAGGCUGCACGAAAGGCUGCAGUUGCUCCUAUUCGUAACAGAGCCUUUAACCGAGGCAGGGGACUUAAUGUGAACAAACCGAGAGCUAGGGCCCCGCCGGUUCAGAGGAAGGCCACAAAUGGGAGCUUUACCGCAAAGCCUCAACCACAAGCAAAUACAGUACCUAAGCAGAGGCCUCAAACGCUAGACUCUCGGUUUGCCAACAUGAAGGAACAGAGGAUGAGGGCUUUGUCUCAACAGAACAACGGCGGACGACGAAAUGGAGGUGGACAGCAAAGACAGCAGUGGGGAAAAGGUCGAUUUGGCAACCAAUAGGGAACAGCUUGAUUGUGAUCACUAAUUGUGUACAAGAUCGUUUCUGCUUACUGUUAUGCCAGUUGAAGUGUCGGGGCAUCAAAAGCACAGUAGCUUGGAAUAUCUUUGCUCUUUGUUAAUUCUUGUUUGUCAGUUUUGUUAUGGUGCCUUCUUUUAUCCUCUCUAGUUCAUCGCAAUGGCACUGUGUAGUCGCCACCUUCUUUUCCAAGAUCGUGGAUGGUAACUCUUACAUUCUGCCUAGCAACUGAAAGAACGGAGCUGUCUCUUUGUGUUUGUUUCUCUAGUUGCUGUUGAAAUUUGUGGAUCAGUUCUUUGCACAAAGGGAUUGAGUGAGAUUAAUUGUAUUGUACGUUGGCUUCUUUUCCUUGAAAGUUUUGAGUUUGUGACAUAUUGUAACGGAAUAAGUUAUUUUGUUCUUGGAUUGGAGAAACAUCGGUGGAAGUUCAUGUUGAAUUUUUUUGUGGA